UGAAACUUAAAUGGAGUCUCAUAUCUCAUAGCUUCCCUGGCUUCCAUCCUCCCUUUCUUUCUCUCUAGUUGUUUGUGUGCUUCUCAGAGUUUAGUAGAAUUUGCGGUUUCACCCCUCCUUCAAGUGCCAUGGAUAUCAAGAAUCCAUAUGCAGUGGUUUUGAUCAUUCAGUUGAUAUAUACCGGCAUGUAUGUGAUCUCUAAAGCUGCAUUCAAUGAAGGUUUCAGUACUUACAUCUUCAUUUUCUAUCGGCAAGCAGCUGCAACAAUUUUGUUAGCUCCCCUAGCUUUUGCUUUCGAAAGGAAAAGUGCAGCAUCUCUAUCUUUCAUGGUGUUGUUAAAGAUGUUCAUACUUGCCUUACUCGGGAUUACAUUUAGCUUGAACCUGUAUAAUGUGGGUUUGAGGUAUACUUCUGCAACUGUGGCAUCUGCAGUCACAAACUCAGUCCCAGUGAUUACCUUCUUCUUGGCUCUUCUAUUAAGGAUGGAAAGUGUCAGAUUAAAGAGUAUCUCAGGCAUCGCGAAGAUCUUAGGUGUGGCAAUUUGCUUAGCUGGUGUUGUGACAAUUGCUUUCUAUAGAGGGCCUCAUCUGAAUCCUUUGAAUCAACAUCAUCAUCUCUUUAGCCACAAAAAUAACUCAAGCCACCACACACAAAUCCACUCAAAGGCGACAUGGAUAAAGGGAACUUUCUUUAUGAUCGCCGCGAAUACAUUUUGGUCACUUUGGCUUGUUUUGCAGGGGAUUUUAUUGAAGGAGUUUUCUUCCAAGCUUCUCCUCACUACAUUCCAGUGUUUCUUUAGCACUAUCCAGUCAUUUGUUGUUGCAUUGGCUUUUGAGAGGGAAAUCUCAAGGUGGCGGUUGAGUAUGGAUUUGGGUCUCCUUGCAAUUGCAUAUUGUGGGUUUGUUGUUACCGGUGUAACUUUCUAUUUGCAAACAUGGUGUAUUGAGAAGAAGGGCCCUGUUUUCUUAGCCAUGACGACACCUCUAGCAUUUGUGUUCACGACAAUUUGCUCUUCAUUUUUCUUAGGAGAAGCAACUUUUCUUGGAAGUGUAAUAGGUGGCAUUUUGAUGGUUGGUGGCUUAUAUGGUGUCUUAUGGGGGAAGAGCAAAGAAAAUGUGAAAUGUGAACCAACAAUUGAAGAUGGGAAAGAAUUUUAUGAGGAGAAAGAACUUUCAUCACCCUAUCGUCCUCUCUAAUUAAGCUUAGUUUUUAUAUCUUCUUUGCUUUCCUAUCUUCAAAAAAUUAAGAAAUUAAAAAAAAAUCAUAUAUCUCUGUGAGAUUAUAGCUUGAAGAAGCAAAAAGUUCGGAUUAUUGAUUAUCAAAGGGAUCUUAUUUUGGAGAGGAAUAUGGAAAUGUAACCGAAAAUUAUUAUUUUCUUUUUAAUGUAUCUACAUUUGUAACA